AUGGACGUGAUCAAGGCUGCACAGGAAAUCUCGGAUGCCGGAGCAAAGCUGAAUUCAUUAGCGAAACAAAUUGGUGAUGAGAGUGUGGAAAGCGAAACGAAAAAGGACCUAUUUGCGUAUUUGCAAAGGAUAACUCUGUAUUGCCAACAACUGAAUAUAACAAGCAGAGUAAAAGCGGACGUGCAGCAGGUUGGUAACGAACUGAUUGUGAGUGGUCUGGAAUCGGCAAUGUCGCUUAUUCAGACAGCGAGAAAUCUUUUGAACGCAGUUGUCCUCACCGUCAAAUCGGCAUAUAUUGCUAGCACUAAGGUAGACUUUCCUUUUCACGGCGAGAUUUCGAUGCCGUUAAAGCAUUAA